AUGUGGCAAAUGCCUUCUAUGGAGAUGGCUGGUCAAUGGGAUUCAUUGGUCUUCGAUUCCAAUGUGAAAUUAGACCUCCUCAAUUACGCCCAAUCCGCCCUUUUAUUUGCUGACAAAAAUGUCGAUUCAUCUGUUAUCUCCUGGAAUCGCAUUGUUCUUCUCCAUGGCCCUCCUGGCACCGGAAAGACAUCGCUCUGCCGAGGACUGGCGGACAAACUAGCAAUUCGGCUUUCGCAUCGAUUCAAGGCCAGUUUCUUCAUUGAGAUCAAUACUGUUAAUCUUAUGUCAAAGUGGUUCUCUGAAAGCGCCCAACUCGUCUCUCAAAUGUUUGAUAGUCUUGCCGAGCACCUAGAGGCUAAGGAUCAUCUUAUCUGCCUCUUAGUUGAUGAAGUCGAGAGUCUAACUGCUGUGCGCCGUUCUUCGGCGUGUGAGCCAAGUGACGCAAUUCGCGUCGUCAAUGCCGUUUUGACUCAUAUUGACCAGGUAAGGAAGAUUCUUUCGAUUUUAAAUAAAUUUGAAGAAGGUUUUGCUCCAUAA